UUCAAGGCUCACAUUAAAUUUCCUAUUGACUGUCCAUAUUCACCACCUACCUUCAGAUUCCUGGCCAAAAUGUGGCACCUUGACAUUUAUGAGAAUGGAGAUGUAUUUAUUUCAAUUCUUCAUUCACCUGUAGAUGACCCUCAAAGUGGAGAGCUGCCAUCUGAGAGAUGGAACCCUACCCAAAAUGUCAGGACUAUCUUACUGAGUGUAAUCUCUUUGCUUAAUGAGCCCAACACAUUCUCUCCUACCAACGUGGAUGCAUCAGUCAUGUUCAGGAAAUGGAGGGACAGUAAAGGAAAAGAUAAGGAGUGCGCUGAAAUCACAAGGAAACAAGUUUUGGCUACCAAAGCCGAGGCAGAGAAGGAUGGCGUGAAGGUCCCCACUACGUUGGCAGGGUACUGCAUCAAAACUAAAGUGCCUUCCAAUGACGACAAUUCAGAUUUGCUUUAUGAUGACUUGGAUGAUGAUGACAUCGAUAAUGAAGAUGAGGAGGAGGAAGAUGUCGACUGUUACGAUGAUGAUUCUGGACACGAGGAGUCGUGA